AUGGGUUGGAACGGCACGAUGAUGUGUGAUGUAAUGCCCACAAUUUCUGAAGAUGUUGUAGAUCCUCCUCAGGGUUCUAUGACGAAUUCAGUAGAAUUAUCAGGUGCAAGUAGUGAGCAAAAUCGUAUGGAGCAACUAAUGGUAAAUAUGCUUGAUGAACGUGACAAAUUGCUCGAACAGCUACAAGAUGCCCAGCGACGUAUCGAUGAUUUGCAGUUGCAUAUAAAAGAUGCGGAACGUGAUAAAGAAAGUUUGCGCAGGCAGUUUGAUUUGCAAACACAGCAUUUGCCUGGUGAAUUACAAUCAUUAACAAAGGAAUUGGUUCAGUUGCGAGAGCAACUGCUAGAAAAAGAUGAGGAGAUUGUGGAAUUAAAAGCAGAACGGAAUAAUAUAAGACUGCUCUUGGAGCAUCUGGAGUGCCUUGUUUCAAGGCAUGAACGUUCCUUACGAAUGACAGUUAUGAAGCGACAAGCUCAAAGUCCAGCAGCUGGUGUGAGUAGCGAAGUUGAAGUUUUGAAAGCUCUGAAGUCAUUGUUUGAGCAUCACAAAGCAUUAGAUGAGAAAGUCCGAGAACGAUUACGUGUUGCAAUGGAGCGCGUUGCAACGUUGGAAGAUGAACUUUCAGCGAAAGGAGAUGAAAAUUCGUCUUUGAAAGCAAAACUGGCCAAAGUAGUAGCCGAAGUAGAAGAGGCCCAUCAACAACUAAAUACAUCACAGAAUGGGAUAGCAGCAGAAAAACAACAACCGAUUGGACCAGUUGAGUCUGCUGGAGUUUUAGUUGAAUUGCAAGAUGCAUGUCAGCGUUUGAAGCAGGAAUUGACAAGCAGUUUACAAGAAUGUCAGGAUCUAAGUAAUCGGAACUCAGAAUUAGAAGACCAACUUGGUAGUGCCCAAAAAGAAGGUCGGUUACAACAAGAACAAGCCAACAAGCUACAGCAUCAUCUCCAAGAACUACAAGCGCAGCGUGAAGAUCAAGAAGCACGGAUUUCAACUCUAGAAAGUCGCUAUAUGACUUCUCAACGCGAAACAACGUGUUUGCGAGAUCUAAAUGAUAAGCUGGAACACCGACUUGCUAAUAAGGAUGCUGCUGUGAGAUUGAAUGAAGAGAAAGUUCGCAGUUUACAAGAACGUUUGGAGUUGGCUGAAAAGCAGCUAGCACAGAGCUUAAAAAAAGCGGAGUCUUUGCCGAGUAUAGAAGCAGAAUUACAACAACGUAUGGAAGCACUUACUGCUGCAGAGCAGAAACAGCUCAGUGCUGAAGAACAAAUGCAUCGGUUAGCUCGACAAGUUGAAGAACGUAGCGCUGAAUUGGAACGUGCUGUACAGCGUGAGAAAAUGAACGAAGAGCAUAAUCAACGUUUGUCAUCCACUGUUGAUAAGUUAUUGAGCGAAUCAAAUGAUAGAUUGCAACUACAUUUAAAAGAACGUAUGCAGGCAUUAGAAGAAAAAAAUUUGCUGACGAAACAACUAGAGCAAACUAAGAAAAUUUAUGAUCAGUGUGAAAGGACGAAAGAACGGUUACUACGCGAUAAUGAAAGCUUGCGACAGGAAAUCGAAGUCUUGAGAAAUCAAUUAUAUAGUGCUCGUACUGCGCAGUAUCAUUCUAGAUUGCAUAGCUCACCUAUUAUAUUACCACUUGCUGCACAGUCAGUGUCUGUACAAUCUUCUUCCGGAACUAGUGCUCCUCCUCCAUCUUCUGUCGCGGCUGUUGGAGCAUCCAAUAAUGGCUCAGUUUAUGGAGGAAUACGUCGUUCGCAGAAAGGCCGUCUGCAGGCAUUGCAAGAAGAUCCAAGUAAGGUGCAAACACUGAAUGAGCAAGAAUGGGAUCGAUUGCAGCAAGCACAUGUGCUUGCUAAUGUACAACAGGCCUUUUCAUCAUCGUCUUCCAUAAUUGAUAUGGCUGUUGGUGCAAGUGGUGGGUCGACCAUAGGACCACCAGGUCCAAGUACUUCAACAAUUCCAGGUGGUGCAGAUCCACAUACUCUUGCUAAUAUGCUGCAGGAAAGACUAAACGCUGUAAAUUCGGAGAUUCGAUUGAUUGAACAAGAAAAAACACAUACAGAACGUAUUGCCGAACAGUUGGAAAGUCGUGCCUCUGCAGUUGCAGCUGCAGUGGGUGAAGAACCUCAAGCAUUAUCGUCUCGUUCAACACCUCGUAACUCACCUCAGCACGAUUUUUUGGUUACUAAAUAUAAUACGUUACCAGCAAAUGCAUCAACAUCUUUUAUUCAUAGUGGAAGUGGUAGUGGUCUAGUAGAUUCCUCAUACAGUCAUCAGCUUUCACCACCAAAGUUGCGGUUCGGUGCAACAGAUGAUAUUUCAAAUGGCAUAACGGCUCUUGAUUAUGGAUUGCAUGGAAGGAGAUAUCCGAACGUAACGGAUCAAAUGCAGCAUUCAUAUACGAGUUCUAUUCUUGAUGAUGAAUAUAGCCCAAGUCCUGGCCCAACACAUGCAGGGUUAUUAAUAGAUCGACUUUCACCUACGUCAUCUGUUACAUCAUCACAACAUGAUUAUUCUCCUCUUUAUGGUACACCCAGUUCUGUAAAAGGAACAAAGAAACAGCGUUCAACAUCUUCAACAGCAGCAAAGACUCUCGGGCGUUUAUUUAAUAAAAAGACAAAGAAUAGCAGUUGCAGUCAUAAUUUACGAGUGGCGCAAUGUGAAUCAGGUGCAUAUUCUGACAGUGAGUUGUCGUCAGUCGAGAACAUGAUGGUCACACCUGGUGCAGCUGCAUCUUCUUCAUUAACGGGUAAGUCCACCAACGGAGGACUGGUACUAAGUACUGCUAAAGCUGCUGAUUUCAAUAGGCGAAAAAAGAAAAAAUGCGAGUUAUUAGACGAGGCAAUGAAAGCACGCACACCUUUUGCUUUAUGGAAUGGACCUACAGUUGUGGCUUGGUUAGAAUUAUGGGUUGGCAUGCCUGCUUGGUAUGUGGCGGCUUGUCGUGCAAAUGUAAAAAGCGGGGCAAUUAUGAGUGCAUUAUCUGAACAGGAAAUUCAGCGUGAAAUUGGUAUCUCAAAUCCACUGCAUCGCUUGAAAUUACGACUGGCUAUACAAGAAAUGGUGUCGUUGACAUCUCCGUCGGCACCACAUACCACACACACAACACUAGCAUUUGGUGAAAUGAAUCACGAAUGGAUCGGUAACGAAUGGCUUCCUUCAUUAGGUUUGGCACAAUACCGGCCGGCAUUCAUGGAAUGUUUAUUAGAUGCUCGAAUGUUAGAGCAUCUUUCUAAGCGUGAUCUCCGAACGCAUCUCAAAAUGCUUGAUAAUUUCCAUCGUGCUAGCUUGCAAUAUGGUAUAAUUUGUUUGAAGAAACUUAAUUAUGAUAAGAAAGUGUUGAUGGAGAGGCGAAAGGCAUGUGAAAAUGUUAAUAGAGACGUGCUAGUAUGGAGUAAUGAUCGAGUAGCGCGCUGGGUAGAAGAAAUAGGUCUUGGAGCAUACGCAGCGCAACUUAAAGAUAGUGGUGUACAUGGUGCCCUCAUUGCACUUGAUCAUACAUUUGAUGCACAGAGCUUGGCGCUGUCACUUCAAAUUCCACCACAGGAUUUUUCUGCGCGUCAAUUAUUAGAACAUGCAUUUGAGCAGUUGGUCAUGGCUGGUGAUUGUCAAGGCAAUCCAACAACAUUUAGUAGUAAUAUCGUUAAUAUGGAUUGUUGUGGCUCAAGUGCAGCAGUUAAUCCAGCAGUAAGUGCAACGCCAACUACUGUCUCGGGAGCAGCAGGAAAUUACUGCUCGGUACCCCCACCAUCUCCUCCUAGCUGA